UCACAGCACACCAGUUGAAAAUCACUGAUAGAGGCUGCAAGUUGACUGGAGAUAUCUGCCUUGGUCACAACAAAGAUAGUUGGUGUUAGUUCACAUAAAUCCAGGCAGGUUGCACUCAUGGCACCUCCAAGUGAGGAGACACCCCUGAUUCCUCAGCGCUCCUGCAGCCUCUCAUCCUCAGAAGCAGGUGCCCUACAUGUGCGGCUGCCUGCUCGGGGCCCUGGACCACCCCAGGGCUUAUCUUUCUCCUUUGGAGACCACUUGGCUGAGGAGCUGUGCGUGCAGGCUGCCAAGGCCAGUGGUAUCCUGCCUGUGUACCACUCCCUCUUUGCCCUGGCCACAGAGGACCUGUCUUGCUGGUUCCCUCCAAGCCACAUCUUCUCUGUGGAGGAUGCAGGCACCCAAGUCCUGGUCUACAGGCUCCGCUUUUACUUCCCCAACUGGUUUGGACUGGAGAAGUGCCAUCGCUUUGGACUACGCAAGGAUUUGGCCAGUGCCAUUCUUGACCUGCCAGUCCUGGAGCACCUCUUCGCCCAGCACCGCAGUGACUUGGUGAAUGGGCAUCUCCCCGUGGGCCUAAGCCUCAAGGAGCAGGGCGAAUGUCUCAGCCUGGCGGUACUGGACCUUGCCCGGAUGGUUCAUGAACAGGCCAAGCGCCCUGCAGAACUGCUGAAGACCAUCAGCUACAAGACUUGCCUGCCCCCAGCCCUGCGCGAAAUGAUCCAGGGCCUGAGCUUCGUGACGCGGCGGCGCAUUCGGAGGACUGUGAGCAGGGCCCUGCGUCGCGUGGCAGCCUGCCAGGCUGACCGGCACUCACUCAUGGCCAAGUACAUCAUGGACUUGGACCGGCUGCAUCCAGCCGGGGCCGCCGAGACCUUCCACGUGGGCCUCCCCGGGGCCUCUGGUGGCCAGGAUGGUCUGGGACUGCUCCGCGUGGCUGGUGACAGUGGCAUCGCGUGGAGCCAGGGAGAAGACCAGGUCUUCCAGCCUUUCUGCGACUUUCCAGAAAUCAUAGACAUUAGCAUCAAGCAAGCUCCACGCGUUGGUCCAGCUGGGGAGCACCGCCUAGUCACUGUCACUAGGACAGACAAUCAGAUUCUGGAGGCCGAGUUUCCCGGGCUACCUGAGGCGCUGUCCUUCGUGGCACUCGUGGACGGCUACUUUCGGUUGACUACUGACUCCCGGCACUUUUUCUGCAAGGAGGUUGCACCGCCACGACUGUUGGAGGAGGUGGCUGAGCAAUGCCACGGCCCCAUCACUCUGGAUUUUGCCAUCCACAAGCUUAAGACUGCAGGUGCACGUCCUGGCUCCUACGUUCUCCGUCGCAGCCCACAAGAAUUCAACAGCUUCCUCCUCACUGUCUGUGUCCAGACCCCUCUUGGCCCUGACUACAAGGGCUGCCUCAUCCGGCGAGACUCCUCAGGAACCUUCUCCCUGGUUGACCUUGGCCGACCCUACAGUAGUCUUAGAGAGCUCCUAGCAGCCUGCUGGGAUGGUGGGCUGCACGUAGAUGGGCUUGCACUGACCCUCACCUCCUGCUGUACCCCUAGACCUAAAGAAAAGUCCAACCUGAUUGUGGUCCGGAGGGGUUGCAGUUCACCCACAUCAUCCCUUGUUUAUCCCCAAUCCCAAUACCAGCUGAGUCAGAUGACAUUUCACAAGAUCCCUGCCGACAGCUUGGAGUGGCAUGAGAAUUUGGGCCAUGGUUCCUUCACCAAGAUUUACCGGGGUUGCCGCCAUGAGGCUGUAGAUGGAGAGGCCCGAGAAACAGAGGUGCUGCUGAAGGUUAUGGAUGUCAAGCACAAGAACUGCAUGGAGUCAUUCCUGGAAGCAGCAAGCUUGAUGAGCCAAGUGUCAUACCAGCAUCUCGUGUUGCUCCAUGGCGUGUGCAUGGCUGGAGACAGCACCAUGGUGCAGGAAUUUAUAUGUCUAGGAGCGAUAGACACAUAUCUGCGCAAGCGUGGCCACCUGGUGCCAGCCAGCUGGAAGCUGCAGGUGAUCAAACAGCUGGCCUAUGCCCUCAACUAUCUGGAGGACAAAGGUCUCCCCCAUGGCAAUGUCUCAGCCCGGAAGGUGCUCCUGGCUCGGGAGGGGGCUGAUGGGAGCCCUCCCUUCAUCAAGCUGAGUGACCCUGGGGUCAGCCCCACUGUAUUAAGCCUGGAAAUGCUCACUGACAGGAUCCCCUGGGUGGCCCCUGAAUGUCUCCAAGAGGCCCAGACACUUGGCCUGGAAGCUGACAAGUGGGGCUUCGGUGCCACAGUCUGGGAAGUAUUCAGUGGGGUCACAAUGCCCAUCAGCACCCUGGAUCCUGCCAAGAAACUUCAGUUUUAUGAGCAACGGCAGCAGCUGCCAGCCCCCAAGUGGACAGAGCUGGCCUUGCUGAUCCAGCAGUGCAUGGCCUAUGAGCCAGACCAGAGGCCCUCAUUCCGAGCCGUCAUCCGUGACCUCAACAACCUCAUCACUUCAGAUUAUGAGCUCCUCUCAGACCCCACACCUGGUGCCCUGGCACCCCGUGAUGGGCUGUGGAAUGGUGCCCAACUCUAUGCCUGUCAGGACCCCACAAUCUUUGAGGAGAGACACCUCAAGUACAUCUCACAGCUAGGCAAGGGCAACUUUGGCAGUGUGGAGCUAUGCCGUUAUGACCCGCUGGGUGACAACACAGGCGCCCUGGUGGCUGUGAAGCAGCUGCAGCACAGCGGGCCAGACCAGCAGAGGGACUUCCAGCGGGAGAUUCAGAUCCUCAAAGCAUUGCACAGUGACUUUAUUGUCAAGUACCGUGGUGUCAGCUAUGGCCCUGGUCGUCAGAGCCUGCGGCUGGUCAUGGAGUACCUGCCUAGCGGCUGUCUGCGCGACUUCUUGCAGCGGAACCGCGCCCGCGUGGACUCCAGCCGGCUGCUUCUGUACGCCUCCCAGAUCUGCAAGGGCAUGGAGUACCUGGGUUCCCGCCGCUGUGUGCACCGCGACCUGGCCGCCCGGAACAUCCUAGUGGAGAGCGAGGCGCACGUCAAGAUCGCCGAUUUUGGCCUGGCCAAACUGCUGCCACUCGACAAAGACUAUUACGUGGUCCGCGAGCCGGGCCAGAGCCCCAUCUUCUGGUACGCCCCUGAGUCCCUCUCGGACAACAUCUUCUCCCGCCAGUCAGACGUCUGGAGCUUCGGGGUCGUCCUGUACGAGCUCUUCACCUACAGCGACAAAAGCUGCAGCCCUUCGGCUGAGUUCUUGCGGAUGAUGGGAUGUAAUCGAGAUGCCCCUGCCCUCUGUCGCCUCCUGGAACUACUGGAGGAAGGUCAGAGGCUGCCAGCGCCUCCUGCCUGUCCUGUUGAGGUUCACGAGCUCAUGAAGCUGUGCUGGGCUCCUAGCCCACAGGAUCGGCCAUCAUUCAGUGCCUUGGGCCCCCAGCUAGAUGUACUGUGGAGCGGAAGCCGGGGAUAGCACCUGGGGGUGUGAACAACUCUUACUCCGUGUGAUUUUAAUAGCUCCUGCAUACAAACUUCUAAAUUUGGUCUUUAUUAACUGGCUGUGUGUAUGAGAUCUUAGGUAGGGAGGUGCCCCUCUCUGGCCUGAGAGGUCUCAUGAGAGUCCCUUGCUUCAGGGACACCCCCAUGUGACAAAUGAUAGUACAAUUGGGGGCUCCUCUGGCCUAUGGAGCAGCCCAGUGGCCUUUGGAAUUUGUAAAGAUUCAAGACAGAUGAGUGAGUACGGCUUCCUUUGGAACCAAAGGACCAAAUUUAAGCCCCUCCUAUUGUCCCAUCCUCCAAGUGUUCUUUUUCUUUUCUUUUUUAAGAGACAGGGUCUUGCUAUAUUGCCCAGUCUGGCCUCCA